GUUGCUUAUUCAAAAGCUUUCUAAAAUAUAAAAUUCUUAACGACAGUAUCCAGAACAAACAAGUAUUGGGGUGGUUUUGCAGUCUUUUGAAUCUUAUAGGGCUGGUACCAUAGAUUAAAUGUAAACAUGAUGCCACCUUAAGCUGACUCCACCUUCAGUCAGCUAAGCUGUAGAAGGAAUCUGUUUCUCCCUCUCUUUCUUCCUCACUGAAAGUCUUACGCAGGACUUUCAACCCCAGAGAUCUGAUAUCGCCUUCAUCUUGAGAGAGUCUGUGGACACAGAAGGUCUUCUGUCCCCCUGCAAAAGAUUUUAGUUCAAGUUCAUCUUCGUCUCCAGCUCCCACGAUGUACUCUGCAGGCUUGGAGAUUCUUGGGAUGAUCCUGGCUGUGGCGGGCUGGCUUGGAGUGAUGGUGGCCUGCGGCCUGCCUAUGUGGAGGGUGGCAGCUUUCAUCGGGCAGAACAUUGUCAUCUCUCAAGUGAUCUGGGAGGGCUUGUGGAUGAACUGUUCGGUGCAGAGCACUGGCCAGAUGCAUUGUAGGGUGCAUGAAUCCAUGCUGGGGCUUCCGGUGGAUCUGCAGGCGGCUCGAGCCUUGGUCAUUGUUUCCAUGGUGCUGUGCAUUGUGGGCAUUGGUCUGUCAGUGGCUGGUGCCAAGUGCACCAAUUGCAGCAGGAAUGUGAGAAGCAAACCCCGCCUUGUGGUGGCUGCUGGAGUGACUUUCAUCGUAGCCGGACUGCUGCUGCUGGUGGCCGUGUCCUGGACGGCCCACGCUAUUGUACUGGGCUUCUAUGAUCCACUGCUGGAGGAGACGGGGAAGCGGGAAUUUGGGAAUGCUCUAUACUUUGGCUGGGCUGCCUCUUGCUUGUUAAUUCUAGGGGGAGCCCUCCUUUGUUGCUCCUGCCCUUCUAAAGUAGCAACAGCUCCAAGCGGCAGUGGUCCUGCACCUUCCAGGGUUGACUACUCAGCAGUCAAAAACAUUUCAGUCAAUGGAUACACCAGGAGGGACUAUGUUUAAACAUCUGUCAUGACUGAAAGUGUUAAAAUGUUUGUGGAUAAUCGAAAAAUGAAACAUGUGGUUGAAAAAUGUCUUGUACAUCUUUCUUCUUUUUGAACCCCAAAAAUGUAGCAUGUAGAUUUUGUUCUUAAUAAUGGUAAAAUGUUCCUAUAAAGUGUUUGUGCAGUUUAAUUCUGACUUUUAAAAAGCAUCAAAAUAA